AUUGCAAUUAUUUUAAUACGUCAUAUUUCUAAUGAAUUUAUUUCCAGAAAAAUAACAACAUUUUGAAAAAGAACACUUCACCACGCCAUCAUGUCCGUGUCUUCAACUCCCCUCUUUAGCACGCCAUCAUCACCACCGCCAUGUCUAUUUACUCCCAUGGUCCGUUCGUCGUCUCCGUCGGUGACGACGAUCACCAGCUACCACUUGCCACCGCCGGAUAAGCUCGCUUUCCUCAUCGACCGAUCGAAAUCCAUCCACCAGAUCCUCCAAAUCCACGCGGCCCUCCUCCGCCACAACCUCCUUCCCCACCACUACCCAGUCCUCAACUUCAAGCUCCAGCGCUCUUAUACCUCACUCGGUCGCCUUCGCUACUCUGUCGACCUUUUUAACCAAACCCCCGACCCGAACAUCUUCCUCUUUACUGCCAUUAUCAACGCCCACGCUCUUCACGGUCUCCAUGAUCAAGCUUUUUUCUUUUACGUGCGAAUGCUGGUUCAGGGGGUGCACCCGAAUGAGUUCACCUUCUCGUCCAUUUUGAAAUCUUGCUCGCUUGAUAGCGGAAAAGUAAUUCACUCCCAUGUGGUUAAGUUGGGAUUCGGGUCGGAUGUGUACGUGACAACGGGUCUCGUCGAUGUGUACGCGAGAGGGGGUGAUAUUCGGUCUGCAAGAAAGGUGUUUGAUAAUAUGCCUGAGAAGAGUUUAGUUUCUUUGACGGCGAUGAUCACCUGCUAUGCGAAGCACGGCGAGCUUCAACUGGCAAGAGCUUUGUUUGAUGGUAUGGAGGAGAGGGAUGCGAUCUGCUGGAACGUCAUGAUAGAUGGAUACGCACAGCAUGGGAUGCCUACUGAGGCCUUGGUGCUUUUUCAAAAAAUGUUGACAGCGAAGGUGAGGCCUAAUGAAGCGACAUUCUUGGCUGCGCUAUCAGCUUGUGGACAGAUUGGAGCACUGGAAUCAGGUAGGUGGCUCCAUGCGCAUAUUGAGAAUCAAGGUAUUCAAGUGAAUGCCCGUCUGGGUACUGCUUUGAUUGAUAUGUACAGUAAAUGUGGGAGUUUAGAAGAUGCAAAACUAGUGUUUGAUAGAAUCACUGAUAGAGAUGUUGUUGCCUGGAAUUCGAUGAUUGUUGGUUACGCAAUGCAUGGAUUUGUCAAUUAUGCAAUGAACUUGUUUGAUGAGAUGCAGAGAAUGGGAUUACAGCCUACUGACAUUACCUUCAUUGGGGUGCUCAGUGCUUGUGCUCAUUCUGGUUUGGUGAAUGAGGGAAGACGAUUAUUCAACGCAAUGAAAGAUGUAUAUGGUAUUGAACCAAAAAUCGAGCAUUAUGGGUGCAUGGUAAUUCAUAGUGAGAAGUUCCCAAUUGCUUUCGGGCUUAUUAGUACUUAACCAGGCACAACAACAAAGAUUGUAAAGAAUCUCCUUUGUGCAGAUUUCCAUGCUGUGACCAAGUUGAUCUCGAAGAUCAGUGGACGGAAAAUUGUUAUGACAGACCGUAAUUGGUUUCACCACUUUAAGAACGGGUCAUGAUCUUGUGGAGAUGACUGGUGAAUCCCUAUAUACUGUGAGUUGUGGAUCCUGUUGGGACCAGAUCCCUUUCAGCAUCACUUCUAGAUGGAUAGAUAAACCUUAUGUUUAUAGAAGAAAUACACCAAAAGAUCAUUGUUCUAAGUGUAGCUCAUUGAAUUCUUUGCUGAAUAUUCAUAUUCCUGUAAAGCAGUCACUGGAGGCAAACAGUGAAACAAGUCAUUGGUUAAGGGUAAUUGCAAA